AUGCUCGUCGUCCCGGCGCUUCUAGCCGGCCUCAUUGUCGCCGCCGCCGACUACCACGAGCGUCUCACCCUCCGCCCGCUGCCGCUGUCGGCGCUCCUCGCCAGCUUCAGCUUCCGCUCCAACACGUCCCUGUCCGACUUUGAGGCCCACAACUUCCGCCUCUUCCCGCGCUCGCUCGGCCAGAUCCUGCAGUAUGCCGGUACGCGCGAGCUGCACCUGCGCUUUACCCUCGGCCGAUGGGACGCCGAGCGCUGGGGUGCCAGGCCCUGGAGCGGCACCAGGGAGGGCGGCACGGGCGUCGAGUUGUGGGCGUGGCUCGACGCCGGCACCGACGGCGAGGCCGACGCCAACUGGCUGACGCUGACCAACGCCCUAUCCGGCCUCUUUUGCGCCUCGCUCAACUUCAUCGACGAGACGCGCACCAUCCGCCCCGUCAUGUCCUUCAAGCCCGAGGGCCAUCACUCCGACGCCGCCCUCUCCACCACCCGCCUACUCCACGGCGUCUUGCCCCACGAGGUCGUCUGCACCGAGAACCUGACCCCCUUUUUGAAGCUGCUGCCCUGCAAGGGCAAGGCCGGCAUCGCCAGCCUGCUCGACGGCCAUAAGCUGUUUGACGCCUCCUUCCAGAGCAUGGCCAUAGACGUCAGGCCCAUAUGCGCCCCCGGCAGCCCCUGCAUCUUGCAGAUGGAUCAGACCAUUGACAUGGUGCUGGAUGUGGAUCGGUCCAAGCGACCCAGAGACAACCCCAUCCCGCGACCGCCCCCGAGCCAUGAGCUGAUCUGCGACACGUCCAAGCCCUAUCACGACGGCGGUGCAUGCUAUCCCGCGGACCAUCUGCACGGCCAAGACUGGACACUGUCCGACAUUUUUGGACGCACCAUCAAGGGGACAUGCCUGUUGACCGACUCCAAGACGCCCCCAGUGUGCUUGCAGGUGUCCGGCUCCCGCGACGUCGUCGCCGCCGGCGGCACUCUCGUGGCCGAGGAGCAGGGUGGCGCGUCGCGCUGCUACAUACCCGACACGGACAAGGCCGACUUCAACCUGGUGCUGACGACACCCCGGGCGGACGAGGCGCCCGUGUCGCGGGGGGAUCUGGUAGAGCCCGAAACCCCUCUGCUAUUUGCGGAGCGAAGCUUCACGGGCCACGGGCAGGAGCACGGCGGCGUCCAGGCCAUCCUGACCAAUCCCAGCGAUGCCGAGGUUGAGUUUGUCUACAUGGAGUCGCUGCCGUGGUUCAUGCGCAUCUACCUCCACACGCUAUCGACGCGCAUAUCCUCGUCGUCGACGGCCACAAACGCCUCGUCCAAGAUCGUUGAGGAAAUCUACUACCGGCCGGCCCUGGACCGCGCCCGCGGCACCCAACUUGAGCUCCUCAUGCGCAUCCCCCCGCGCUGCACCGUCUUCCUGACCUACGACUUUGAAAAGUCGAUUCUGCGCUACACCGAGUAUCCACCCGACGCGAACCGCGGCUUCGACGUGGCUGCCGCCGUCAUCACCACCCGCGCCCCGCGUGCCGGCCUCAACAUCCGCACCACGAGCCUGUUGCUGUACCUGCCGACGCCCGACUUUAGCAUGCCGUACAAUGUCAUCAUAUUUACGUCGACGGCUAUUGCCCUGACGUUUGGUGGCCUGUACAAUAUUCUUGUGCGGCGGCUGGUGGGCGCGGACGAGGCUAAGAGCCCGAGGCUCAAGGCAAAGUUGCUGAGGCUGCUGGGGGCCCUCGGGAGGAGGCGUAACAAGGCAGAAUGA